AUGGGUGGUGGAGUACUACUAGGCAUGCCUGGACCAUGGGCUGAUGAUAAUCGUGAACCAUCUGAUUUUUAUACUUCCAAAAUUGGAGGACUCCCGGAUUGGCCUUUUUUUUCUGAGCACUUAGCUCCCAAUUUGCUUAUUUGUGGUGCUUGUGGAAGUAAAAUCCGUCUUAUUGCCCAGGUUUAUGGUCCAAUUUCUAUUGGAACUUUGAACAUUGAAGAUCGAACUGUUUUAGUGUUUGGUUGUAUAUGCCAAAUUGUGGAAAAACCCCUCUUAGGUGUUUUCAAAUUUCACUUUUUGGUUAAUCAUUUCUGGCGAGCUCUUCGUGUCCAGAAAGUGGAUAUUGAAAGAGAAUCAUCUACAAGUACUGAAGACGUGGUCCCUUCAACUCCACCUGUUUCUGUUUCAAAAGCUAACUGGCUGGAUGAUGAUAGCGAUGAAGACAUUGAUCUUGAGGUUUUGGGGAAAGCGCUUUCUGAAGUUGGAACGUUGGCUUCUCACUCCAAGAAACAAGAUGGGAACCGACGAUCUGAGCCUGUUGUAAAAGAAUUCCACUUUGGUGCCAAGGACAGGAGUAGACAAUGGAAACGCCUGGAGAAACAAAAUUGUGAUUACAAUGAUCAUGAAAUGGAAGAUGAGGGGGAACAAGAAGUGUGUGAAUAUGAUAAAGCUUUAAGUGCUGACUGGACAUACCUGAAGUUCAAGAAACAGUUGGAUGCAAACCCAGAUCAAUGCUUCAGGUACUUGUAUGGUGGAAAGCCACUUCUCCCCACAGCACAGCUGGUAGACCCUGGCAAGUGCAAGUUGUGUGGUGGUUUCAGGCACUUUGAGAUGCAAGUGAUGCCCCAAUUAAUAUCUUUUCUAUUAGAUGGAGCUGAUGAUUGUCAAAAAAAUGUACUAGAGAAUUGGAACUGGAUGACAAUUGUCGUCUAUACUUGCUCCAAGCCAUUAGAUGAACUAUAUCCUGGAGGAUUUGAUUCAACAGGGUAUGCUGGAAUUGAGGAGGGGAAGACUUGGUUAGUUGUUCCAACUCAUAUGAUCAAGAAAAAUCCACAACCAAUGGCUGGAUUGAGACAGAGGAAGCUGUUUCGAAAGUGGGGAGUGCUUGUGGUUGGAGAAAUGAUCAUUUGUGGUGAUAUCAGAAUCAUUAAAUGCCCUUUGCUCGUAGAAAGCUUAGUAGCGCUAGGUCCAAUGCUUGUGUUUGGAAAGGGAAAUGGAUGCAUGAGGUACUAUUGGAAACUUCCAAGUGUACAGCAGCUUAGAUGGGCAACUCGUUCUUGCCCUUUUACUGGUCACAAGGGUGUAGAGGAUGCAGAUGAUUCAUAUGCAUUUGAUGGAAAAAGGGUUAGUAAGUGGAAUAAAGAUGCUGAGCAAUACGGUCAGCCAUGGGUUGUUGGUGAUGUCAUUGGAUGUUGCGUUGAUCUGGAUCAUGAUGAGAUAUUAUUCUAUAGAAAUGGUGCAUCUCGUGGAGAUGCCUUUCGUGGUAUCUGCAAGAUGGGACCUGGAUAUGGGCAUUACCCAGCAAUCUCUCUUUCUCAAAGUGAAUUAAAUUUUGGGUCUCGUCCCUUCAAGUAUCCCGUUCCGCGGUUCCUUUUCCUUAAAGCGCCUCUUUCAGCAAAUCUUUUGACUAUGCAGUUGCUUCAGUGCUUAUCAAGGCUGUCAGAUACGCAAGAAACGGACCAGGCUGAAAGUUCUUUAGUUGGUGAAGUAAGGAGAUUGAAGAGAUUUGUGUUACUUGAACAAGACGCUCUUGCCACCCAAUGCCACCGCAACAAAGCUAACACUAAUAUCGAGCAAACAAAGCCUCGCAAAAGAAUGAAACGACAUCCAAAAUCCGAGAAGGAGGUGAAAUGGAAUAGUGGAGAGGCAUUUCAUAAAAAUGGAGUUGCAUGUGAAGGGAAUGGGUAUAAUGGGGUUCUAGUUGAAUUGCAUAGCCGUAGUAGUGAUGGCAAAAAGAGCACAAAUAUUUUUGAGAUGUAUAAUGAGAUGGCACUUGUUACUAGACAAGAUAUGGCCAUAGGAAAUUUUGUCAAGUCCUUUAAUGAUAUCAACUUGGUUGAGAGCUUUGAAAUGGAAUCUACAACACCAGGUGAAGUUGACAUAGGCAAAGGAAAAGAGGCAUCAACAACCAAGUAUGCUUUCGAAAGGAGAAGCCAUCAAAAAAGAGGUUAUGAAACCGAAGAAUCAAUUACAUCUAUUUUAGAUGUGAAAGUGAGAGAAGUUGCCGAGCAAUUCAUGUUUUAA